CAAAUUUCUGGAGGUUUCAGUAUGGUCAUUUUCACGUGGGACAAUAGGCAUUGCUCCAAAGUCGAAACACCUUUAACUUGCCUUAUUUCCGAAUCCUGUAAUGCUCUUAAGCUACUCCACCACCUCUCACAUCUGAUGGGAAAAUACUCCACUCCCAACAUGUUGUAUAUAUCAGAAAAUUACCCCCUAGUUCUAUAUUGAUUCUUACUAGUACAUAUGUACAUUAUGAGCCCCAAAUCUUUCCCACUCCUGUUCUUGAUCCUCAUACUAGCUCUAUUACCGGGCGUCGUCAAACCUGACCCAGACCCGCUCCAAGACUACUGCAUUGGAGACACAAUAAAACCCCAAUCUUUCUUCGCAAACGGUGCGCCAUGCCUCGACCCCUCGCUAGUGCUCCCUUCUCACUUCACAACCUCAGCCCUGACCGAACAAGGCAACACCGCCAACAUGUUUGGGUUCAACCUCACUCUGACUAGCACCGUAAACCUCCCCGGAGCCAACACCCAAGGCUUGACCAUGGCUCGAGUCAACCUGGCGGCCAACGGGAUUGUACCGCUUCACUCGCACCCGCGGGCAUCUGAAGUGACCAUAUGCCUCCAGGGCUCGAUUCUCGUGGGAUUCGUCAACACUUCCAAUUACCUCUACACGCAAAACUUGAGACAGGGCGACUCGUUUGUUUUCCCCAAGGGUUUGAUUCAUUUCUUGUACAAUGUGGACGCCAUGAAUCCUGCGCUAGCUGUGUCCGGGCUCAGCAGCCAGAAUCCUGGCGCACAAAUUGCUUCCCUUGCUGCAUUCGCCUCAAAGCCGGCCAUACCGGAUGAUGUUCUUAAAAAGUCAUUUCAAAUCAGUGGCCAAGACAUGGCUACAAUUAGAAAGCACCUUGGAGGGUGAUUGCUCUUUCACUUAAUUAGUAGUGUGUUUAACGUACAACUUUUUAAUUUUUUUGAUCCUUUUCUCGGAACAUGUCGAUCGGACUGGAAAUCUUGUUAAACUUGUAUCGAUCCAACCGUUUAGGUGUUCAUAAAGAUUCGCGCUUCUAUGAAUUUGGCCGCGAAGUUUGGUGCCAACUUGUCGCAAUAAACAACACAGGGAAUCCCAUUGACACAA